AUGAAGCAUUCGUCUUUUUCUCAUUCGCAUCCAAAUAUUAAUACCAAUCAAAAUUUAUCACGUUCAUUACAUCCUAAUAAAAUUAAUAAUCUAAAUUUAUCUGUACCAGAUAUGUCAAUAUUUAUCGAUUUUGUUGAAAAUAUCAUUACAUCUGAUCCAUCUCAUCAAGGUUACAUAUGUUCAUGUGCUCGUGGUACUUAUAAUACAAAUUUAUUAUUUUUUAAUAUAGCAGGAAAAUAUAAAUACUGUCCAAAGAAAAAUCGUCAUCAUCAACGUAAUAAUGUAGCUAUCAUGAUCAAUAUAAAAGACUAUACAUACAGUAUUCGAUGUAAAGAUAUUGAAUGUAAUAAUACUAUUUUAUCUUGGAAAAAAAUUAAAUAG